AUGGCUAAGGCGCCGGAGGGAGAAGACGACUCCUUCCUGCAGCCCUCUCAGAAGGGGUCCCCCGGGCUCCAGGAGGAUUGCUAUGCGGGCCUGCUGGGGAAGGCCUUGCUCUCCUAUCCCGACCAGGGACUAUGCGCCCCGGCGCUGCAGCAAGCCAGUUCGCUGGACAGCCGAGAGCAGGGCGACCUGGAGCCUGGGCUGCCCAUUGGGAUCAAGUCAGAAAUACAUUUUAACAGUGAAGCCCUUUCCUCGGAAGAGGAGGAUACAGAUAUUCAUGACAGUAAAAUGAAAUCCUUCGACAAAAACCUGUCUCCGAAGAAAACCAUCACGCAGAUUAUGAAGGAUAAAAAGAAACAGACCCAGCUCACCCUUCAGUGGCUGGAAGAAAACUACAUCGUGUGUGAAGGAGUUUGUUUACCGAGGUGCAUCCUUUAUGCACAUUAUUUAGACUUCUGCAGGAAAGAGAAGCUAGAACCUGCCUGUGCUGCAACAUUUGGGAAGACCAUUCGCCAGAAAUUCCCCCUGCUUACUACACGGCGGCUUGGGACAAGAGGCCAUUCAAAGUAUCAUUACUAUGGAAUCGGCAUUAAAGAAAGCAGUGCGUAUUACCACUCUGUGUAUUCUGGAAAAGGGUUGACAAGGUUUUCCGGAAGCAAGUUGAAGAAUGAGGGUGGCUUCACUAGGAAAUAUUCUCUUAGUUCCAAAACUGGAACGCUCCUUCCAGAGUUCCCCAGUGCUCAACACCUUGUGCUUCAAGGGUGCAUUUCUAAAGAAAAGGUAGAUACCCUUAUCAUGAUGUACAAAACACACUGUCAGUGUGUCCUUGACAAUGCAAUUAAUGGGAACUUUGAAGAGAUUCAGCAUUUCUUACUACAUUUUUGGCAAGGAAUGCCUGACCAUCUUCUUCCCCUGCUUGAAAAUCCUGUUAUCAUUGACAUCUUCUGUGUUUGUGAUUCAGUACUCUACAAGGUCCUCACAGAUGUACUCAUCCCUGCAACAAUGCAAGAAAUGCCAGAAAGUUUAUUGGCAGAUAUAAGAACUUAUGCUAAAAAUUGGGAACAGUGGGUUGUUUCAUCUCUAGAAAAUCUACCAGAAGCUCUGGCAGAUAAGAAACUGCCUAUUGCACGAAGAUUUGUUUCCUCUCUGAAACGACAGACAUCAUUCUUACACCUAGCUCAGAUUGCCCGACCAGCCCUCUUUGAUCAGCAUGUGGUGAAUUCCAUGGUGGCUGAUAUUGAGAAGGUAGAUUUGAAUAGCAUUGGGUCUCAAGCUCUUCUCACAGUCUCAGGCAGCAUGGAAUCUGAUGGGGAAGUCUACACUGAAUAUGACUCUAUUACAGUGUUCCAAGAACUGAAGGACCUGCUAAAGAAGAAUGCCACUGUGGAAUCAUUUAUUGAAUGGUUGGAUACUGUGGUUGAGCAAAGGGUUAUCAAGGCAAGCAAACAAAAUGGGAGGUCACUGAAGAAGAGAGCUCAAGAUUUCCUUCUCAAAUGGAGCUUUUUUGGUGCCCGAGUGAUGCAUAAUCUCACCCUAAACAACGCAUCAAGUUUUGGUUCUUUUCAUUUGAUCCGUAUGCUACUAGAUGAGUACAUCCUGCUAGCCAUGGAGACCCAGUUCAACAAUGACAAAGAACAAGAACUCCAGAAUCUAUUGGACAAGUAUAUGAAGAAUUUGGAUGCAAGUAAAGCUGCCUUUACCGCAUCACCAAGCUCUUGCUUCCUAGCAAACCGCAACAAAGCUGCUACCCUUCCUAGUGACACUUCAGUCAAAAAUGAGUGCCUUGCAGAGCAAACGUAUGUGUCAUUGUCAGCCAACCAGCACAGCAGUUUAUAUUCUGGUUUGAACCCCUUCUCCACUGCGGACAGUGAAAAUAUGCAGCUAACAGGUCAGCUGGAGCUUUCUCAAAGCACUGGUCAUCUGAUGACUCCACCCAUUUCCCCAGCCAUGGCCAAUCGAGGAAGUGUUAUCAACCAGGGCCCAAUGGCUGGGAGACCGCCAAGUGUAGGCCCAGUGUUAUCCACACAUUCACACUGCUCUUCCUAUUCAGAGCCCCUUUACCAGACUUUGUCACAAACCAAUCAGAGCUAUUAUGGAAGCAAUUCCAAUUACCAGGCCAUGUUCAGGCCCCAGACCCCUACCCCUUCAGGAGUUUAUCACCACAGGGCAGAGCACAGUCGAUUUGCAGCCUUGAGUGAGCAGCAAUUCUCCAGAGACUACUUCAGUAGCAGUUGUGCUGUGUCUCCAUACAAUCCCAGGUCUCCCUCCAACUACGGUCCCUCCUCGACUACUCAGGACACACACAAUAUGCAGUUUUUGAACACUGGGAGCUUCAAUUUCCUGAGCAAUUCAGUGUCUGCUGCCUGUCCAGGAGCAACAUAUGCCCCUAAUGCUUCCAAUGGAUACUAUGGAAACAACAUAAACUACCCAGAAUCCCACAGACUUGGAUCAAUGGUGGAUCAGCAUGUUUCUGUAAUCAGUAGUGUAAGCAGCAUUCGACCACUGCCGCCAUACAAUGACAUUCAUGACCCACUCAACAUCUUAGAUGACAACGGAAGAAAACAGGCAGGCUCAUACUAUACUGAUUCCUCAUCUUCAAUAGUCUGUCGGACCCCCAUAAUGGCUUCAGAUAUGCAAACUGCAAUAUCUGCAUCCUCCUCCCAGUGCAUGUACGGAACAUCUAACCAGUAUCCUUCUCAGGAAACGCUGGACUCCCAUGGACAGCCCAAUAGAGAGAUGGUGUCAUCUUUACCACCAAUCAACACUGUCUUCAUGGGAGCUGCUGCUGGAGGCACCUGA